AUGAAUAGCAUUCCAUAUAUCAAAAAUUUAUAUACGGACCCUUCGAAUAAGCUGUUCAACGAUUUGAGAAUAUGCACAAAGGCUAUGGAAUCAUGCGGUAUGACAUGCAGCUCCCUAUAUGUAGCGACGCCUUGGCAAGUAGAAGGAGGAGGUGUCAUUGGUGUUAUGAGAUUGGAAGACCAAAUAAGAAACCCGCCAGUAGUAAAGUUAAAAGGGCAUACAUCGAAUAUACUAGAUUUAGCAUUUAAUCCUUGUUAUAGCGAAGUUAUUGCAUCGAGUUCAGAAGAUAUGACAAUUCGAAUUUGGGAGGUAGCACAAAAUGAUGAUAAAACAAGAGAGAUAAAAGAUCCCCUUUGUAUUUUAAAAGGACAUAAAAAAAAGGUAAAUAUUAUUGAUUGGAAUCCUAUAAAUUAUUAUAUAUUAUCUUCAACUUCUUUUGAUUGUGUAAUAAAUAUAUGGGAUAUAGAAAAUGAGAAAAAAGCUUUUCAAAUUAAUAUGCCAAAAAAGCUAACAUCUUUAAAAUGGAAUAUUCGAGGCACUUUACUUGUUGGUACAUGUCUGAAUAAAUAUCUGCAUAUAAUAGAUCCCAGAAAAAAAGAAAUAUGUUCAAGUUUUUAUGUACAUAAUGGCGGGAAAAGCGCGAGGAGUAUAUGGAUUGAUGGUAUUAGAGGAAAUGAUGAUUAUGUAUUAAGUACAGGUUUUUCAAAAAAUAAUAUGAGAGAAAUAAAAUUAUGGGAUCUUAAAAAUACAUCUUCUCCUCUUGUUAACAUGUCAAUAGACAAUGCUUCUGCUCCUUUACUUCCUCAUUAUGAUGAAAGUAUAGGAAUCUUUUAUUUAAUUGGUAAGGGGGAUGGAAAUUGUAGGUACUAUCAACAAUCUGAAGGCAUUAUUAGAAAACUGGGUGAAUACAAAUCUUGUUUACCUUUUAAGUCUUUUGGAUUUUUACCAAAGCAAGUUUGUGAUAUAUAUAAAUGUGAAAUUGGAAGAGUAUAUAAAAAUGAAAACAAUACUAGUAUUAGACCUAUAUCUUUUUUUGUCCCUAGGAAAAACUCUACUAUAUUUCAAGAGGAUUUAUAUCCUCCUAUAAUUAUGCAUAACCCAAAAAAUAGCUCUAAGCAUUGGAUUGAUGGAAUUGAUUUAAAUAUUAAUAGAAUAUCUAUAAAAGAUUUAACAGAAAGUGACCUAAGAAUUACUAAAAAAUUUAAAAGGGUCCCUUACUCUUGUAACAGCAUUAUUAUAGAAGAUAAUUUCCCCUCUAAGAGAGGCUCUAUCAUUAGGAAGUUUACCAGAAAAUUUACCUUCUUUAAAAAAAGUAGUAGGAAAAUAAACGAAUGUAACAACAAUGAGGAUGAUAAUAGUAUUAAUAAUUAUAAUUAUACUAGUAGCAAUAAAAACAAAAAUUCGUUCGACAGCUCGAAAGAUUCACUGAAUUUCAAACUUAAAAGUUUUAAAGUGAAAGGGAUACUAAAUGAUGACGGUGAAAAACAGUUUUACAAUGAUGAUGGGGAUAACGAAAGAGAGAAAAGCAAUGUGAUGGAAGAUGAACAAAUUAGUGAAUACACUCAGACGGGGAAAAACAACUUAGAUGAGAAAGGUGAAGAUUCCAUUUAUAGUGGAAAGGUGGAAAAAAAUAGAAAUACUAUAAGCAAAUGCUGCGAUGCCAUUAGGAACAUUAAGCUUUGUCUAAAGAGGGAGAAAAUAUAG